GCGAGUUUCCUCUAUCUUGCCGCGAGUUUCCUCUAUCUUGCCGCGAGUUUCCUCUAUCUUGCCGCGAGUUUGCUCUAUCUUGCCGCGAAUUUCCUCUAUUGCCGUGACACUUUUGGGCCACCGUAAUUUUGACUAUGAUCACUUAAAGAUUCGAUAAAAUUCACAGCACGGAGAUUUGCUAAGGAAAUAUAACCGGUACAAUCCACCUACGAAAACCAGUACAAGUCGGCGAUGUCCCUGGCAGCCAGCAAGGGGUGAAUGACGUACGCAAAAAGGCGGAUUCUGAUUGGGUGAUGUUGAUUACAGAACGUAAGAUCGCGUCCAGGGGUCCAAUGUUCAUCAAGAUUCUUUCAUCACAUUGCGUUAUUGCGAAACAAAACAAGCAGAUGUGUCAGGAUGUGCUAUAAGGAUAAAUCAGACAAACGACAAACUGCGCCAAAAUGAGUCCAAGGUAAAAGCAUGGCAAGACCUCUAUCGGAGAAAUGUAAUGAAAAUCCACCCCCGGCCCGCUCUACCAGGAAAUUUUUGCAAACAACAAAAAGACAUACUUGUGUACCCUGUGUAAUCGAUCUUUGUCAAGACUUCAGCGCCUAGACGAACAUUUACAAAAGAUUCAUGGUAAACGAGACUCAAACUCACAGCGCAAGGCAAAGCAGUUCGAAAACGAGCUGCUUGAGGGAGGCAACGACAGCGACCAAGAAACACAGCGACCAAGAAAAAGCCGAGUCAAAAGGUGGUAGAAGCCGCAAGCUUAAAUGACGAAACAAGCGGAGGAAAGCAUGCCAAUAAAAGACCAAAAAGCAACAAGUCAAAGUCGGGAGACGUUCGAACACCCAAACCUAAGUUAUUCCGCUAUGUUGGAAGAUGAGCAGCCCAACAACUGGGAAACAUUCGCUCAUAGCACUACUUCUGCCAUCCAAGACCUCAAGGCAGAGGUCGAAACACUUAAACAAGAGGUCAAACACCUGAAAAGAAAACUAAAGGUUAACAAAGAUGUUCCUGCAGAGGAUCAACCCAGUCCAGUGUCACAACAAAAGCAGAAAAUUAAGUACCUCUCAAAGCCCCUGGAAGGGGUGAAAAGGCUCCUCUCAGACCUCUUCACCGAAGAAGAACUCAUGCGGUGUACUCUGAAGGGGAAAGGGAGGUCCAGGGAUGUCCUGGACAGCAACAAGCUGCAGAUGUUUUAUGGUGCAAUGAGAGGAAAUUAUGGGAUGACAGAUGAAAAAGUGGACCAGCUGAUUAGAAAUCAGCAAAAAUCCUUAAAAGACAAAACCAAAAAAGUCUUCAGUACAGCUAAGUGAAAUCUCCAUUGUUUGUGUAAAAUGUUCGCUUUAGAGGGGUUUUUUUAAAUCAUAGAGAUAUAUUAGCUUGCCUAGCACUUUUUGUUGUAUACCAACUUUUUGUCGAAUCUGGUUUUGUCUUUUAACGAUUUUUGCUGAUUUCUAUAACGUUAUAGAAGGCACUGUUCACGUUGUAUCCGUUUUGUCUUUUAACGAUUUUUGCUGAUUUCUAUAACGUUAUAGAAGGCACUGUUCACGUUGUAUCCGAAAAUUAUAAAGUUGAUAUCAAAUAUAUAAAGAUAUAAAGUUGAUUAUUAAAUUUUGAGAUAAUUGUAAUUUAGUUCUGUAUUAUAAAAAAAAAAUUUCUUGCUGGAAAAUAUUGCUAGCUACUUGUAAUAAAUUAACGGAUAUCCAAGAAAGUCGUAUGAUAUUCUGCAAAAUGACAAUAUAUCGCAAAACAAAAUAUAUAUCGCAAAAUAAAAUGUUAUUGUCGACAACAAUAACCUAAAUUUCCUACAAUUCCGAAAAAUCUCAUAAUAUCCGAUUAUGCAUUCACUAAAAUCCAAGAAAAUUCCGAAAAAUCUCAUAAUAUCCGAUUAUGCAUUCACUAAAAUCCAA